AAGUACUAGCAGACAAUCCUAAGACGCCAUGGGACGAUAGAAAUGGUCAGUAGAAAUAAUUUUGGGAAAUAUCCCCCAAGGGUUAGGUACACCAAAUUUUCCUUUCUUCCAUCUACUCUCUGAUUCUUGACGAGUAACUGUAGCUAUUAUCUUGUUUUGUACAUCACCAAGAGCAUUGUAGGCUGUUACUGGUUCCGGCGUACCGCCAUAAAGAUCAUGGGUUUCGCAACGCCCACCACGACGGUUACGUUCACCGCCCCGGCACCGCGGACAACCUCCCUUGACCACGACGGAACGCCGCCUGUAGCCGCGCUAACUACCAUCUGGACACCCUCCGAUGGCUGCUUCCCGGUUUCUACCCGUCCUACAACGGAUAUCGAUGUGUUUUGGACUUCUAAUCCUAAAUGUGCCCCUCCUGGCUACGCCAGCUACUUCGAAACGUACUACUAUUCUCCCGCCGUAUGUCCCAGCGGAUUCACUGUCGGCUGCUCGAGAUACGACGAUUUUCAAGGUCCAUCUGUCGAGCCUACCGAGACAGCUGUUCUUUGCGUGAUGAGUGGUUAUUCGUGCACACCAGAGGGAUGGAACUACUACGCAACCAACACUGACUUAGAUUAUGCACAAGUAAUGAUACAGAUACGUUGGGCAUCAAGCGACCUUUCCAUCUUAGAGACGCAUCCCUUGACCCCUGGCCUGAUUCUAGCAACGGCAACUUCAGACGGCGUGGGAGAUGUACCAGGGGCAAGGACAUCAUCGAGUACAGCAGUAACGCACACAUCAACAAAUCCGAAUAGCAACUGGAAAGGCUUAUCUAGCGGCGCCCGGGCUGGUAUAGGUGUUGGUGUUGGUCUUUUGGGGCUUUUGGGUCUUGGAUUGGCGAUUUUCUUUAUACUAACGUACCGAAAAAAGCGUACGAACAACCAGGCCGUCAAUCAACCUCCCCUGAUGCAUCAAACUCUCCUAAGCCAGUACCCAUUCAAUCAGUACUCUCAGAUGCCCGGUUUAGGACCCGUCGGUCAACCCAUCCCACAGUAUCCCCAGCCUACAUAUCCUAGAUAUACAACCUGCAUCGACCCCAAGACCGGCGCGAUAAUAUAUUUCUCUGCUGUUCAACAGUCUCCCCAGUCUCCCCAGCUGCAGACCACAGCUAUCAACAGGCCAAACAGACCUACUAGCCAGGAAACACCACCUGUCGGAGGUUCAUAGCCGACUCAACUUCAAGAUCCUGCGUUCUCUGGUGGCCGACCGAUGUCAACACACUCAAGUUUCAGCGAAAGCUCUAUGAGACUUCACUAACCGUUAGUGAGCCAGUAGUAACCAAAAUGCUUACUUGGGAAUGAUGGCGUCGAUAAAACUACAGGAAAUGCGAAUAGGCUGCAAGCGCAUAACAAAAUGGUGAACCAGCGAGGGUAUAAUAACACCCUGGUCUACCUCCUAAGAAUUUUCAUUUUUCUGGUCUUCCAACACCAUGCUUAUUUAAAGCUUUAAGGAGUAUAUACUAGGUCUACUAGGUCUGCUAGACGGUAUAAUACCAUGUUAGAGAAUGCCUUCUCUUUAUGUACACGUUAAGACUACUUGCGCGAGAAUUUACGGGAAACGCGGGGAUAUCAUGGCGCGGUUGUCGGAGUGUUUGGCAUCAACAGGAGUUUUGAUACCCGUAGCACUUAUUGACUUCGUCGAGGAAGAAUAAAUGUGCAUAGAAACAUUAGGUACGAGAUAAUGGAAAUCGGUUCAAACUAGGAAUACCUGCUUGCCUCCUACCCAGGUCAGGUAGGAACAUAACGUAUCGUAGGUCUAGGAAGUUGCACUAGGCAUUCAUAUCUUUCUCUAUCAUUCAUCUGAGGGGUUUGCAUUCACGGUGCGCCACGGCCAGCGACAUGCUCAACAAUCCACGGUAUACUUGCUAGGACAUAUUGCAAAAUCCACAAGCCAUUUCCUAUUCAACAGAGGUACA